CAAAAAAUAAAACGAAAAAUAGUGUGGCUGUAUGCGUGGAGAUGAGUCCAAACUCCGCCUUGCAAAGCCAAGAAGGCGGGGCCUUGUAUGUAGAUCAGUUCUCUAGGUACUAGUUACAGCAACCAAGAUUACCAUAGAGCAAAAGCCGAUUUCGACCAAACUAAAGCCGGAGUCAAAGGACUCCUAGACUCUGGUGUACUGAAAAUCCCCAAGAUGUUCGUCCAUCCACCGGAGAAUCUGCUACAAACCCCAUCAUCAGAAACUCGCAAUGUGAACUUCCAAGUCCCGGUGAUAGACUUAAAAGGCGUUGAAAGUGGGAAACGAGCGAAAACUGUUGCUGAAAUAAGGGAAGCGUCGGAAUGUUGGGGGAUCUUCCAAGUGGUUAACCAUGGGAUUCCGGGUAGUGUUUUGGAAGAGAUGAUAGAAGGCGUACAACGGUUCCAUGAGCAACCGAAGGAGGUGAAGAUGAAGUGGUACUCACGGGAGCAUGAGCAGAAGGUAAAGUACUACUCUAAUGGAGAUCUUUACGUGUCGAAAGCUGUAAACUGGCGGGACUCGAUAUCUUGUCACUAUGCUGAUGGUACACUUGAUCCCGAUGCAUUGCCACAAGUUUGCAGGGUAGCAAUAACGAACUACAUGGAAAAGAUCAUCGAUCUAAAAGAUAAACUAGCGGAGUUGCUAUCUGAGGCACUAGGACUCGGCACCGGCUACCUAGCAAACAUCAAUUGCACAAGAACAGAAAUGCUCGUUUGCCAUUACUACCCGUCUUGCCCGGAGCCAGACUUGACUCUAGGAGCAACAAGGCACUCGGACCCAUCUUACCUUACAAUUCUCCUUCAAGAUAGUAUCGGCGGUCUCCAGGUUCUCCACCGAAACCAAUGGGUAGACGUGCAACCGGUCAAAGAGGCACUGAUAGUAAAUAUUGGUGAUCUUAUGCAGUUGAUCACAAAUGACAUGUUCAAGAGCGUGGAACAUAGGGUCCUGGCUGCACCAAUCGGGCCCAGGAUAUCGGCUGCGUGUUUCUUUUAUCCAAGUACGGCUAAUAGUUGUAAGCCAUACGGCCCGAUAAAGGAGCUGCUAUCGGAAAGGGGUGGACCGAUAUAUCGGGAAACGAACCAUAAAGAAUAUAUGGCUCACUAUAAAGCUAAAGGACUAGAUGGAACCUCAUCCCUUCCUUUCUUUAUGCUGUAGCAAAGCAGUAUGUGAAGCAACUGUUUCAAGCGAAUAAGUCGAUGGACAUUUUUUUUAACAAAUAAAUCUCGGUAUUUACUGAAAUUG